GGCAUAUUUAUAUAUAUAUUAGUGUAAUGUCAGAAAAGUAAGAGGUGUAAAACCAAAAAGAAUGCCAAAUGUACAAGCCUAAUUGGCUUGCACUUGUCAUCAACCUUGUCAUACCACAUACUCGUAGCUUAUUAAUUAUUAGAUGACAACCGUUGCUAACUUUCAUCUGAUUGGAACAAAAGUUCCAUGGCUAUAAAAACAGGCCAAAGCAGAAAACUUUGACAUCCCAUAGGCCACUUGUUAUCAACUCUGCAGGGGAAAGGAAAGAAAGAAGUCAAGAACAUGGAAGAUCAACAUGGAAAGCCAUCCUCCAUCAGUGAACCACUUAUUGACAAAAGUGGCUAUUCAAAGCAGCAGGGAAGUUUGAAUAGGAAAGAGAUUGCUGAUGAAGUGAAGAAGCAAGCAUGGCUAGCUGGGCCACUUAUCUGUGUAAGCUUAUUGCAGUAUUGCCUGCAGCUGAUAUCUGUGAUGUUUGUUGGGCAUCUUGGAGAACUGGCUCUUUCUGGUGCUUCCAUGGCCACUUCCUUUGCUACUGUUACUGGCUUCAGCUUACUGAUGGGGAUGUCUAGUGCACUGGACACCUUGUGUGGUCAGUCCUAUGGAGCAAAGCAGUACCAUAUGAUGGGCAUACAAAUGCAAAGAGCAAUGCUUGUUCUUGAACUGGUAUGCAUUCCUCUGUCAAUGAUCUGGCUAAGCACAGGCCCGAUCUUGAAAGCAUUCGGGCAGGAGGCCGCGAUUGCAGAUGCAGCUGGUCGCUAUGCUCAGUUCAUGACUCCGAGCCUUUUUGCAUAUGGCCUUCUCCAGUGUCUGGUCAGAUUCUUGCAGACCCAAAACAUUGUGUUCCCUAUGGUGCUCACCUCUGGGAUAGUCACUGUGCUUCACACUCUGACUUGCUGGGUUCUUGUUUUCAAGUCUGGCCUCGGAUUCCGAGGGGCUGCUCUUGCCAACGCUAUCUCCAAUUGGCUAAACGUGUUGUUGUUAGCUCUUUAUGUCAUGUUUUCCUCUUCUUGUUCCAAGACUUGGACUGGGUUUUCUAAGGAGGCGCUUAAUAAAGACAUAUUGGUCUUUCUUAAGCUUGCAGUUCCUUCUGCUAUCAUGGUCUGCCUGGAGAUGUGGUCGUUUGAAUUGUUGGUGCUGCUCUCUGGCUUUCUCCCAAAUCCAGAAUUGCAGACUUCAGUUCUCUCAAUCUGCCUCAACACGGCUGCAACAGUAUGGACAAUCUCCUUUGGGCUUGGAGCAGCGACAAGCACGCGGGUGUCAAAUGAGCUGGGAGCAGGACAUCCCCGGACAGCGCAGGUAGCUAUCGGUGUUAGCGUUGCAACGGCAGCUUCACAGGCCAUUCUGAUAGGAUCAGUUCUGCUACUGACACGCAAAGUCUUGGGAUACGCUUACAGCAACAGCAUCCCAGUUGUUGAGUAUGUGUCUUCAAUGAUGCCUAUUGUCGCCCUCUCCAAUUUCUUUGAUGGCCUUCAGGCUGUUCUUUCAGGGGCUGUAAGGGGGUCUGGGUUGCAAAAGGUUGGAGCAUUCAUCAAUCUUGGAUCAUAUUAUAUUGUGGGCAUUCCUUCGGCUCUUUUGAUGGCUUUUGUUUUUCACAUUCAAGGAAGGGGCCUGUGGUUAGGGAUUAUAUGUGCAUUGCUAGUGCAAGUGACUUCUCUUUUUAUUAUCAUUGUCCGUACAGAUUGGGAACAACAAGCGAAAAAAGCUAGAGAAAGAGUCCUAUUCUGCUAUCCCAAUUGAGGCAGUUUCAUGAAGGAGCUAUCAAGAUGUUAUGUAUUGUAGAGUACUAAAUUAAGUGAUGAAUAUUUUUUGAAACAUUGUAAUUUUUGACUUUGUGCUAAAUAAAAAAUUUGAGAUGAAAUUAGCUGGUAAAUGCGAAUGCGAUUGUCACAUAAGAGUGGACACAUUUGUCCACAAACCAACCAAGAAAAACGUUUCAACCAAUAAUAGCAGUUUGACCUUUAUUAUUUCAAUUAGUGAAAACGUUGAUCUAUGUUGUUUGCUAAAUAGUUGUUCGACCCUAGUGUUUGUGGACAGAAUUGUUGAAAUACAAACACUACAAAUAGCAG